GGAAGCGCCGUUAUCGCGAGAUUCAAAUCCACCCAGCUCGCUGGACGCUAGUGCAAGAUGGAGAAAUGAAAUGUACACGCAUCUCGAUUGUUUUAGGAGACCACACAAAACUAUGCUGAGGAGGAGGAAAUGGAGCUAGUGAACCGAAGCAGUUUCUGGAAUUGUGAAUGAAACAUGAUGUUAAGUGGGUAUUGCCAAAUUACUUACUGAGCAUCAGAUAGAAACUAGUGACAAUGAAGGUCGACAGAAGCAAGUUAAAGAAAACCCCAACAGAAGCUCCUGCGGACUGCAGGACGCUCAUAGAGAAGCUCAAGGGAUGCAGCGACGAGCAACUACUGCUGGAGCUGCAGCACAUCAAGACCUGGAAUAUUGGCAAGUGUGAGCUUUACCAUUGGGUUGACCUGCUGGACCGUUUUGAUGGGAUCCUGUGUGAUGCGGGCCAGACGGUGGAGAACAUGUCGUGGUUGCUGGUCUGUGACCGGCCGGACAACGGGCAGCUCAAAGCCUUACUGCUGGCCGUGCUCAACUUCACAGCCCUGCUCAUUGAGUACAGCUUCUCCAGGCACCUCUACAGCUCCAUUGAGCACUUGACCACCCUGUUAGCAUCAUGUGACAUGCAGGUUGUUCUGUCUGUGCUGAACCUCCUCUACGUGUUCAGUAAACGCUCCAACUACAUCACCAGACUGGGCUCUGACAAGAGGACCCCUCUGCUGGCACGCCUACAACAUCUGGCUGAGAGCUGGGGAGGAAAAGAGAAUGGCUUCGGCCUGGCAGAGUGCUGCAGGGACCUGGCUAUGACGAAGUACCCUCCCAGUGCCACCACACUGCACUUUGAGUUCUAUGCUGAACCUGGCCCCGAGGUCAAAGUGGAGAGGAAGACCAGUAGUAACACACUACACUACAUUCACAUCGAACAGCUCGACAAGAUCUCUGAGAGUCCCAGUGAGAUCAUGGAGUCUCUGACGGUGAUGUACAACAUCCCUAAAGACAAGCAGACCCUGCUGUUCACGCACAUCAGACUGGCCCACGGCUUCUCCAACCACAAGAAGAGACUACAAGCUGUACAGGCCAGGCUCCACGCCAUCUCUAUCCUGGUGUACUCCAAUGCACUCCAGGAGUCUGCCAACAGUAUUCUCUACAACGGCUUGAUAGAGGAGCUGGUGGACGUGCUACAGAUUACAGACAAACAGCUUGUGGACAUAAAGGCAGCGUCUUUACGCACCUUAACGUCCAUUGUGCACCUUGAGAGGACACCCAAGCUGUCCAACAUCAUCGACUGCACCGGCACAGCCUCUUACCACGGCUUCCUGCCUGUCCUGGUGCGCAACUGCAUACAGGCCAUGAUCGACCCUCUGAUGGAGCCGUACCCGCACCAGUUUGCCACGGCGCUGUUCUCCUUCCUCUACCACCUGGCUAGUUACGACGCUGGGGGGGAGGCCCUGGUCUCUUGUGGGAUGAUGGAAGCCCUGCUCAAGGUGAUCAAGUUCCUGGGGGACGAGCAGGACCAGAUCACGUUUGUGACGCGUGCGGUCCGAGUGGUGGACCUCAUCACCAAUCUGGACAUGGCAGCCUUCCAGUCCCACACUGGCCUUACCAUCUUCAUCAGCAGGCUGGAGCAUGAGGUAGACCUGUCUAGGAAAGAGUGUCCUUUUGUCAUCAAGCCAAAGAUCCAGAGACCCAACUCCACCGUAGAAUCAGAGGACAUGGACACGGACAUGGACGGCCAGUCAGAAAGCAUGUCAGAAGAGAGGAUGGAGAGCAGCCCUGGUCCCUCAACUUCCUCUGGCCCCAGACCUGAGACCGAUCCCAGAGGACUCAGCAACACUUCCAGCACGCCCCGUACAGGCGUCCAGUGUAUUCCCCAGAGGGCCGCUCUGUUGAAGUCAAUGUUAAACUUUUUAAAGAAAGCAAUCCAGGACCCUGCCUUCUCUGAUGGCAUCCGCCACGUCAUGGACGGGUCCUUGCCUACCUCACUCAAGCACAUCAUCAGUAAUGCCGAGUACUAUGGACCUUCUCUCUUCCUACUGGCAACGGAGGUGGUGACAGUGUUUGUGUUCCAGGAGCCGUCUCUGCUCUCCUCCCUGCAGGAUAACGGUCUGACUGAUGUCAUGCUGCAUGCCCUGCUCAUCAAAGACGUCCCGGCCACCCGGGAGGUGCUUGGUUCUCUCCCUAACGUGUUCAGUGCCCUGUGCCUGAACGCGCGAGGCCUGCACUCCUUCGUCCAAUGCCAGCCUUUUGAGCGCCUCUUCAAGGUGCUUCUGUCACCUGACUACCUGCCUGCCAUGAGACGACGCCGCAGCUCUGACCCUCUGGGAGACACGGCAUCCAACCUGGGCAGUGCUGUGGAUGAACUGAUGAGACACCAACCCACUCUGAAGACUGACGCCACUACUGCCAUCAUCAAGUUACUGGAGGAGAUCUGUAACCUGGGCCGAGCCCCGGAGUACAUCUGUCAGAAGCCCUCUAUCCAGAAGACUGAUGGCACCGUGACCGCGCCCCCGGCACGCUCUUCCCACGCCGCCGAGGAGGCCUCCAGCGAAGACGAGGAGGAGGAGGAGGCGCUCCAUACCUUCACCCAGCAGCAGGGGGAGCCAGAGAGCAACAGACAGGUUGUUGGCACCGAAGAGAGGAUACCCAUUCCUCUGAUGGAUUACAUUCUCAAUGUGAUGAAGUUUGUGGAGUCCAUCCUGAGUAACAACACAACCGACGACCACUGUCAGGAGUUUGUCAACCAGAAGGGUCUCCUGCCCCUGGUCUCCAUCCUGGGUCUACCCAAUCUGCCCAUUGACUUCCCAACAUCAGCUGCCUGCCAGGCUGUAGCCGGGGUCUGCAAGUCCAUACUGACCCUGUCCCAUGAGCCCAAGGUGCUCCAGGAAGGGUUGUGUCAGCUGGACAGCAUCCUGUCGGCCCUCGAGCCGCUCCACCGCCCCAUUGAGGUCCCCGGGGGCUCUGUGCUCCUCCGAGAGCUCGCCACCGCCGGUCACGUGACCGACGCCACGCUGUCGGCCCGCGCCACGCCCCUGCUACACGCGCUCACCGCUGCGCACGCCUAUAUCCUGAUGUUCGUGCACACCUGCAGGGUAGGACAGAGUGAGAUCAGGGCCAUCAGUGUGAACCAAUGGGGCUCCCAGCUAGGUCUGAGUGUUCUCAAUAAGCUGAGCCAGCUCUACUGCUCUCUGGUCUGGGAGAGCACUGUGCUGCUAUCACUCUGCACACCCAACAGUCUCCCCCCAGGCUGUGAGUUUGGCCAGGCUGACAUGCAGAAGCUUGUUCCCAAGGAGGACAAGCCAUCUGGCAGCACCACAGCCACCGCCUCAGGAUCCAGGAGAGCUGCUGAUUCUGACACUGUUGCUUUGGACCCCCCUGCCACGGGUCUCCUGGAGGGGAUGGGGUUGGACGGGGACACACUAGCCCCCAUGGAGACUGACGAGCCGACCGCCGGCACCGCUGACCCCAAGACCAAGUCUAAACUGACUCCCGCCAUGGCCACACGCAUCAAACAGAUCAAACCACUGCUCUCCGCAUCGUCUCGCCUGGGCCGGGCUCUGGCUGAACUCUUUGGUCUACUGGUGAAGCUGUGUGUGGGCUCUCCAGUCCGCCAGCGCCGCUCUCACCACGCCACCAGCACGGGCACUGCCCCCACCCCCGCCGCCAGGGCCACCGCCUCCUCCCUCACCAAGCUGCUUACCAAGGGCCUCAGCUGGCAGCCCCCGCCCUACACCCCCACCCCUCGCUUCAGGCUGACGUUCUUCAUCUGCUCGGUGGGCUUCACGUCCCCCAUGCUGUUCGAUGAGAGGAAGUACCCCUACCACCUCAUGCUGCAGAAGUUCUUCUGCUCCGGAGGACAUGAUGCGCUCUUCGAGACAUUUAACUGGGCUCUUACUAUGGGUGGUAAGGUGCCUGUCUCUGAGGGCUUGGAGCACACUGAGCUUCCUGACGGGACAGGGGAGUUUCUGGAUGCCUGGCUGAUGCUGGUGGAGAAGAUGGUGAAUCCCAGUACCGUGCUGGACUCACCCCACAGCCUUCCCGUCAAGGUCCCUGGGGUUACCCCCACCACCCCCCAAUUCAGCGCCCUGCGGUUCCUCAUCGUCACUCAGAAGGCGGCGUUUAACUGCAUCCGAAGCUUGUGGAACAGGAAACCCCUCAAAGUGUACGGGGGCCGCAUGGCUGAGUCCAUGUUGGCCAUACUCUGUCACAUCCUUCGUGGUGAACCAGUCAUCCAGGAGCGGCUAGCCAAGGAGAGGGAGGGCACGGCCCGGCCAGAGGAGGAGGGGGGCCCAGGGGCCACCACGGUGCCUGUAGGCCCCAGCUCUGGAGCUGGAGGUGGAGUUGGAGCUAUAGGAACCCCUGGAGCAGCAGUGACUGCAGCAGAGGUGCCAGCAGGUUCCGGGUCAGGACCGGCUACCGGAGGCAGUUCAGCACCACCUGCACCAGGUGAAGCAGCAGAGGACUCUAGUAACUCUACUCCCAGGAGAGAACCACAGGUUAACCAGGUUCCGCUACAGCAGGGGCAGGGAGGAGGCAGGGAGAGGCAGCCAAACGUCAACCAGCAGCAGCUACAGCAGCUGAUGGACAUGGGUUUCUCCAGAGAGCAUGCCAUGGAGGCCCUGGUGAACACCAGCACCAUGGAGCAGGCCACAGAGUACCUGCUCACACACCCUCCUCCUCUACUCAGCGGAGCCGUCAGGGACAUGACCAUGUCAGAAGAAGACCAGAUGAUGAGAGCCAUCGCCAUGUCUCUGGGACAAGAGGUCAGCAUGGAGCAGCGCUCUGAUUCGCCCGAGGAGGCAGCGCGUCGUCGUGAGGAGGAUGACAGGAGAGCCAGGGAGCGUACGGAGGAGGAGGAGGCUCGCUGCCUGGAGAGGUUCCUGGAGGCCGAGCCACUGGACAUUACGGAGCUCCACGCCUUCACUGACUCCAUGCUCCCCGGCUGCUUCCACCUGCUGGACGAACUGCCAGACACAGUCUACCGCCUCUGUGACUUGCUCAUGACCGCCAUCAAGAGGAGCGGCCCCGAGUACAGGGACCUCAUCCUACGACAGGUUGUCAACCAGGUGUGGGAGGCAGCAGACGUGCUGAUCAAGGCAGCAGUACCCCUGACCACCAGCGACACCAAAACGGUGUCCGAGUGGACCAGACAGAUGGCCACCCUACCCCAAGCCUCCAACCUGGCAACACGCAUCCUGCUGCUCACACUGCUCUUUGAGGAGUUGAAGCUGUCGUGUGCCAGGGUGGUGGAGAACAGUGGGAUCCUCAAUGUGCUCAUCAAGCUGCUGGAGGUGGUGCAGCCCUGUCUGCAGGCUGCCAAGGAGCAGAAGGACAUCCAGACACCCAAGUGGAUCACUCCAGUGUUGCUGAUCAUUGACUUCUACGAGAAAAUGGCUGUCUCAUCCAAACGCAGAGCGCAGAUGAACAAGUACCUGCAGCCCAAUGGUAAUAACUGGCGUUGGUUUGAUGACCGGUCCGGCCGCUGGUGCAGCUACUCUGCCUCUAACAACAGCACUAUAGACUCAGCCUGGAGGGCUGGAGAAAGCAGCGUCCGGUUCACUGCGGGACGCAGGCGAUACACCGUACAGUUCAACACCAUGGUCCAGGUGAAUGAGGAGACGGGUAACCGUCGUCCGGUGAUGCUCACGGUCCAGAGAGUGCCUCGCGUUCCUAAGCCGGCCAAGACGGGCAGCAUGACGGACUCUGAGAGAGAGGAGGGAGACAGGGGCAAGGCAGAGGAGACUCAGACAGACCCAGGCCAGCAUCCCGGAGUCGCCUCUUCACUGUUGACGUUGAGACUGGUGUUUCGCGGACUCUGCUCCAGUAGCCGUGGAGAUGAGUGCUCCAAAAGAGGACAAUGCUACCCCCAACUAAAAGAGUCCUCCUCCGGUCCCUCUGCUCCCCCCGCCCCCCCUCCCGCAGCCCCCCUGGACCCCACAUCGGAACGCACCGGGACAGGAGGAGCCAUCGUGGUACAGGGCCUGACAGAGGAUAUGACCACAGUGCUCAUCAGAGCCUGUGUCUCCAUGAUCAGUGUCCCUGUGGACCCAGACACCCUCCACGCCACACUAAGGCUAUGCCUGCGCCUGACGAGGACCCACCAUUACGCCAUGAUGUUUGCUGAGCUGAAGAGUACCAGGAUGAUCCUGGGGCUGACGCAGGGGUCGGGGUUCAACGGCUUCACGCCCCUCGUCACCCUGCUGUUCAGACACAUCAUAGAGGACCCCGCCACGCUACGACACACCAUGGAGAAGGUGGUACGGUCAGCAGUGACCAGCGGGGCGGGCAGCACCACGUCAGGUGUGGUAUCAGGCUCCCUAGGCUCCAGAGAGAUCAACUACAUUCUGCGUGUUCUGGGCCCUGCCGCCUGCCGGAACCCGGACUGCUUCGCUGACACAGCCAACAGCUGCGUCCGCAUCGCCCUGCCCGCACCUCGCGGAGCUGGUACGGCCUCAGAUGAUGAGUUUGAGAAUCUGCGUAUCAAGGGGCCCAAUGCGGUGCAGCUAGUGAAGACCACCCCCCUCAAAAUGUCUCCGCUGCCCCCCAUCCCUGACACCAUCAAAGAGGUCAUCUAUGACAUGCUAAAUGCCCUGGCCGCCUACCACGCCCCUGAAGAGGCGGAGCGUCCAGAGGAGCGUGUGGUGGCGGUGCCCGGGGGGCAGGACCUGUGUCAGAUCCUCCAGGAUGUGGGCGACGACGUUUACCAGCAGUACAGACUCACCAGACAGGGCAGUGACUUCGACUCGCAGUCCGCUUUCCAUAUCAACCCCCAGGUGUUUUCUGCAGAUGGAGCGGUAGCUGAUUCCUCUCAGUCUGGAACACCCCAGGGAGAAGCCUCUACUCCAGAGGAGAUGCGUGAGGAGAAGAAGGAGGUGGAGGGGGAGAAGGGAGCCAGCUCAGAGGAGGGUAAGGGGGCCAAGGCUAAGGCCUCCAAGCCCCUGAUGCCCACCUCUACCAUCUUGCGUCUCCUGGCAGAGCUGGUCAGGUCCUACGUGGGCAUCGCCACCCUCAUAGCAUCCUACUGCUAUACGGCCGGACAGUCUGAGCUCAUCAAGGAGGACUGCAGUGUAUUAGCCUUCGUGCUGGACCACCUGUUGCCCCACACCCAGAGCUCUGAGGACAAGGACACCCCAGCCCUGGCACGCCUCUUCCUGGCCAGCCUGGCAGCCGCUGGCACAGGCACCGAUGCACAGGUGGCCCUGGUCAAUGAGGUGAAGGCCGCACUCAGCCGGGCGCUGGCCAUGGCAGAGGGCACGGAGAAACACGCCAGGCUCCAGGCGGUGAUGUGCAUCAUCAGCACCAUCAUGGAGUCGUGUCCGUCCACCUCUAGCUUCUACAGCACGUCAGCAGCCAAGACGCAGCACAACGGCAUGAACAACAUCAUACGCCUCUUCCUCAAGAAAGGACUGGUCAACGACCUGGCUAGAGUACCGCACAGCCUCGAUCUGUCCAGUCCCAACAUGGCAAACACAGUGAAUGCAGCGCUGAAGCCCUUAGAGACUCUGUCCCGCAUCGUCAACCAGCCCAGCAGCCUGUUUGGAGGGAAGGGGGGAUCCAGCAAGAACAAGGCUGAGCACGACACUGUGGGAGCCGCCAGGGACUCCAAUAGCAACACACAAGGUGACUCUGGUGAGGCUGAGGGGACUCUGGUGGAGGGCAGUCACAGGGUCCAGGGGACAGACAGUGACCUGAUGGAUGGAGAGACGGAGGGAGACACGGCAGUCAUCGCUGGUCAGCCGGAGGUGCUCAGCACAACGGCCAUGCAGGUGGAGAACGAGCUGGUGGAUCUGAUAGACGAGCUGUUGGAGAGAGACGCUGGUGCCGUCAAUAGCUCCAUUAUCGUGGGACGUGGCAGUGGUGAGGAUGAAUCACAAGAGGACGUGUUGAUGGAUGAGGCACCCUCCAAUAUCAGUCAGGCUUCUACUCUACAGGCCAACCGAGAAGACUCUAUGAACAUCCUGGAGCCUGAGGAUGAGGAGCACACGCAGGAGGAGGACUCCAGUGGCAGCAACGAUGAAGAAGACAGCCAGGACGAAGAGGAGGAGGAAGAAGAGGAAGAGGAGGAGGAUCAGGACGAUGAAGAAGGAGAUGAGGAUGAUGACGAUGAAGGUUCGGAGAUGGAGCUGGAUGAAGAUUUCCCAGACAUCAACGCGGCGCCACACAUUCGCUUCGAGAGGUUUGACCGCGACGAUGACCUCAUCAUAGAGUUUGACAACAUGUUCUCCACCACCGCUGACAUCCCUCCCUCCCCAGGCAACAUUCCCAGCUCUCACCCCCUGAUGGUGCGUCACGCCGACCACGGCUCCCUAACGCUGGGCGGAGCUGGCACCAACAACCGCCUGGCGCAGGGCAUGGGUCGUAGUCAGAGAACACUACGCCAGCUCACCGCCAACACGGGCCACACGAUACACGUCCACUACCCCGGGAACAGACAGCCCAACCCUCCACUCAUCCUGCAGAGACUGCUAGGUCCCAGUGCUGCAGCAGACAUCCUGCAGCUGUCCAGCUCUCUGCCCCUGCAGUCCCGCGGCCGCGCACGUCUCCUGGUGGGCAACGAGGACGUGCACAUCAUCGCCCGCUCCGACGACGAGCUGCUCGACGACUUCUUCCACGAGCAGAGCAGCACCGGAGGACAAGCAGGCACUCUGUCCAGUAUCCCCACUGCCUUAACCCGAUGGACUGAUGAGUGUAAAGUACUGGACGCUGAGAGCAUGCACGACUGUGUAGCAGUGGUGAAGGUUCCUAUCCUGCAACACUUGGAGACCCUGAGAGACGAGGAGCUGGAGGAGAGGAGGGAGAAGAAAAGACGCCAGCUGGCGGAGGAGGAGGAGGCUAAGCAGAACGACAGAAGGACAGGGGGAGAGGAGGCCAGGGAGCAGAGUCUACAGGGCUCGGGACUGGGGACGGUCAAUGGUGCGGCUGGAGAGACCACUGCUGAAGGUGAGGCCCAGGGCAGUGGUGUGUCGUGUCUGGACCCCCCUCGGGUCUCGGAUGGUUUCCUCACUGCUCCCCCCUCAGGAGAGGUCACCCCCACAACCCCCGCCCCCCACGAACAGGCCCUGGUUUCCCUGGAGACUGCCAUCAGCCAGCAGGUCCACCAGCCAAUCGCAGACCUGCUCCUGGCCGAGUCGCAUGCCAAUUCACUGGCCGCCCUGGCAGGGGCCGGUCUUCCUGCCCUUGCGGCGGCAUCCGAUAGGCCGACCUGCGAAGUGGAGGCGUCACAGAUGGAAAUGUCCCCGGUGCCCACUAUUGCCUCCCUGAGUCCAGACAUCGUGGAGACCGCUGAGCCUACAGCGGUGGGCUUGUCACUACUGGAAGGGUCUCCCAUGGAUACCAGUAGCCCCAUUUCUGCCACGCAGGAAGAGCCCGUCCCCAACCCCACCCAGGCUGUCCAUCUGCCACAGGAGCUGUCAGGGAGUGGAGACGGUGGACAGACGGCCAGGCAGACAGACGGGGAGUCAGGCUCCACCUCUGCCUCCUCCCCUGGAGAGACCAUGCCCCGGAGUGACAGCGCAGACAGCCAAUCCCAGGCCAUCCAGGAAGAGCCCUUCCCAUCCACCAGCAAUGAGGAUGAGGACCCACUGGCAGGCAUCAGUCUACCAGAGGGUGUAGACCCAUCCUUUCUGGCAGCUCUUCCAGAGGAUAUCCGUCGUGAGGUGCUCCAGAACCAGCUGGGUAUCCGACCCCCAGCACGCCCCCCUGCCGCCGCCACCCUCCCCUCCACCACUGCCCCCGUACUGGGAGGAGGACCCGGCGUCACAGAAGUCAGCCCUGAGUUCCUGGCUGCCCUGCCACCCGCCAUACAGGAGGAGGUCCUGGCCCAACAACGUGCUGAACAGCAGCGUAGAGAGCUGUCCCAGCAGCCCACGCAGGGCGACACUCCCCUGGACCCCGUCACCUUCAUCCAGACCCUCCCCUCAGAGCUGCGGCGCUCCGUCCUAGAAGACAUGGAGGACAGCGUGCUGGCUGUCAUGCCCCCGGACAUCGCCGCCGAGGCCGCCGCGCUGCGCCGGGAGCAGGAGGCUCGUCAGAGACAGCUGAUGCACGAGAGGCUGUUUGGCCAUAGUUCCAGCUCGGCCCUGUCGGCCAUUUUGAGGUCGCCUGCGUUUACCAGCCGCCUGGGGGGCAACCGAGGGGUACAGUACACCCGCCUUGCCGUGCAGAGAGGCGGGACCUUCCAAAUGGGAGGAGGGGCCAACCAGAGCAGACCGUCCAGUUCCAGUGUGGACUCUCUGCUGCGUCUGCGGGGUCGUCUGCUCCUGGACCACGAGGCAUUGUCCUGUCUCCUAGUCCUCCUCUUCGUAGACGAACCCAAACUCAACACCAGCCGUCUGCACCGCGUGCUCCGCAACCUGUGCUACCACUCACAGACGCGUGGCUGGGUCAUCCGCAGUCUCCUCUCCAUCCUGCAGCGCAGCAGCGAGAGUGAGGUUUGUGUCGAGACCACCCGCCUGGAAGACGCCAGAGGCAAGCGGACUGCCGGCGGUCAGGGAGGUUACGGAGGGAGUAAAGGGUCUACGACCGCAGCAACCGCUUCCGCCUCCCUCUCUUCCUCCUCUCUGGAGCUUCUCAACCGGGUGGAGUCUCGUAGCUCCUCCCAGCUCUCUUGGCUGUCCGUUUCCAUGGACGCUGCGCUAGGAUGCCGUACAAACAUUUUCCAGAUCCAGCGGGCGUCGGGACGGAAGCAUGCCGACCGGCACUCUGCGGGGGGACAUCAGGAGGGGUCGACCGUACACAUCCACCCCCAGGCUGCCCCUGUGGUCUGUCGGCACGUACUGGAUACUCUUAUCCAACUGGCCAAGGUGUUCCCCAGUCACUUCACCCAGCAGCGCUGUAAGGACCUGCUCUCCUCCUCCACAUCUGAACUAGACUCCCGUCUGUGUGCUGCUGCCUCUAUCGUCACCGGAACAGCAGGAGGAGGCUCUAGAUCCACCCAGACCUCCUCCAACACCCCCUCCUCAGCCCAGAACUCCCUGGGUGGGGGCGCCUGUGGCGUGGCCAUCACCCCCCAGUCCCUUGGCAUCUCUACCGACUUCUGGGACCUGCUGGUGAAGCUGGACAACAUGAAUGUGUCGAGGAAAGGCAAGGCCUCCAUGAAGACUCUUCCCCUGGGGGCGGGAGGGGAGGCAGACGGGGCUCAGUUCAGCCUGGAGGCUUCUCCUCUGGGCCAGCUGAUGAAUAUGCUGUCCCACCCAGUGAUACGACGCUCCUCCCUGCUAACCGAGAAGCUCUUGCGUCUCCUCUCCCUCAUCUCCAUCGCCCUGCCCGAUAAUAAGGCUACGGAAGUCCCCGCCGGACACCCAACACCGCAGACCACCACCAUCGGUGCAGCCGUCGCCGCUCCAGGCUCUGUCUCCGCCUCUGUUCAGGGGAACACUGUAGGGGUGGUCUCAGGCGUCGGGGUGGUGUCGGGGGCCUCGGUAGUGGCUACAGCGCAGGGCUCGUCCUCAGGGACAGGCCAGACCUCUACAGCUAUAGUCUCUAUACCCACCACUACUGGAGCCAGCGCCACAGGGAAGCAUAGAGCGACCAUACUCUGUGUUGAAAGUGACACCAAGCUGGCCUCCACUGGACUCACUGAGAAACAACUACAGCUCUCUGUCGAGGUGCUGACCAGUCACUCGUGUUCAGAGGAGGGUCUGGAGGAUGCAGCCAACAUCCUGCUCCAGCUGUCCAGAGGAGAUGGAACCACUAGAGACACUGUGCUCCGUCUGCUGCUGAGUGGUGCUAGACACCUGGGAUACACACUCUGCAAACAGAUUGGCACAUUAUUGGCUGAGCUACGUGAGUACAACCUGGAGCAGCAGAGGAGAGCCCGGGCCGACGCCCAGUCACCUGAUGCCCCGGCCGAGGACACCUCCCUCUCUGCCAGGCUGAAGGCCGGCAAGCUCUCUAGCAGGUUCGACGGCUCGGAGAGCGUGGUGAUCGUUGCAGCCCAGAAGCGGACGCUGGGCGGGCGGGAGCUGCAGCUGCCCUGCAUGUCCUCCCUGACCUCGAAGACGUCCACCCAGAAGUUCUUCCUGCGGGUUCUGCAGGUCAUCAUCCAACUCCGAGAGGACACGCGCCGCGCCAACAAGAAGGCCAAGCAGACCGGACGACUAGGCUCCACCAGUCUGGGCUCUGCCAGCAGUAUCCAAGCAGCGGUACGUCAGCUUGAAGCCGAGGCUGACGCCAUCAUCCAGAUGGUGAGAGAGGGGCAGCGGGCACGCCGCCUCCAGCAGGCACCCCCGCCUUCCGCCUCUGUCGCCGGAUCCUCCGUGGCUGCCUCCCAUGCCCCCGCCGCUGCCCCCCCUGCCCCCGCCACGGCGAGCGCUGCAACGUCGGAGGUAGGGUCAGUGUCGGAGCCCCAGGCAGCCCAGAGGGAUGAGUCUCCCAUGGAUGUAGACCAGCCAUCCCCUCUGGAGCAGGACCCAGCACCCCUGGAUGAAGAAGGCAACGGCCAAUCCGAGACAGAGGAGCGUCUCCCAGACCUCCCCCUGCUAAGCGAGCAGCUUCUGUUAGACGAGCUGUGGGACAUGCUCGGGGAGUGCCUGAAGGAACUGGAGGAGUCACAUGAUCAGCACGCCGUUCUGGUUCUUCAGCCGGCAGUGGAGGCCUUCUUCCUGGUCCACGCCACAGAGAGGGAGAGCAAGCCCCCCGUCAGGGACACCAGGGAGAGCCAAUUGUCCCACAUCAAAGAUGAGCCUCCCCCCCUGUCCCCUGCGCCCCUCACCCCCGCCACCCCCUCUUCUCUGGACCCCUUCUUCUCCAGGGAACCCUCUUCCAUGCACAUUUCCUCCAACCUGCCUCCCGACACACAGAAGUUCCUCCGCUUUGCCGAGACUCACCGCACCGUGCUUAACCAGAUUCUGCGUCAGUCCACCACCCACCUGGCCGACGGACCCUUCGCUGUGCUGGUCGACUACAUCCGUAUCCUCGACUUUGACGUCAAGCGGAAAUACUUCCGUCAGGAGCUGGAGCGUCUGGACGAGGGUCUGAGGAAGGAGGACAUGGCUGUCCACGUCAGGAGGGACCACGUCUUUGAAGACUCUUACAGAGAGCUGCACCGCAAGAGCCCCGAGGACAUGAAGAACAGACUGUACAUAGUGUUUGAAGGGGAGGAGGGUCAGGAUGCCGGAGGUCUGCUGAGAGAGUGGUACAUGAUCAUCUCCAGGGAGAUGUUUAACGCCAUGUACGCCCUGUUCCGCACCUCGCCCGGCGACAGGGUCACCUACACCAUUAACCCCUCGUCCCACUGCAACCCAAACCACCUCAGCUACUUCAAGUUCGUAGGUCGCGUGGUGGCCAAGGCCGUCUACGACAACCGACUACUGGAGUGCUACUUCACACGCAGCUUCUACAAGCACAUCCUGGGCAAGAGUGUCAGGUACACAGACAUGGAGAGUGAGGACUACCCAUUCUUCCAGGGCCUUGUCUACCUGCUGGAGAAUGAUGUCUCCACUCUGGGCUAUGAGCUGACGUUUAGCACUGAGGUCCAGGAGUUUGGUGUGUGUGAGGUGCGGGACCUGAAGCCUAACGGAGGCAACAUCAUUGUCACCGAGGAGAACAAAAAGGAGUACGUCCACCUAGUCUGUCAGAUGAAGAUGACUGGUGCGAUCCGUAAGCAGCUGUCAGCCUAUCUGGAGGGUUUCUAUGAGAUCAUCCCCAAGAGGCUGAUCUCCAUCUUCACAGAGCAGGAGCUGGAGCUGCUCAUAUCUGGCCUGCCCACUAUAGAUAUAGACGACCUCAAGGCCAACACCGAGUACCACAAGUACCAGUCCAGCUCGAUACAGAUCCAGUGGUUCUGGCGGGCCCUGCGUUCCUUCGACCAGGCGGACAGAGCCAAGUUCCUGCAGUUCGUGACGGGCACGUCCAAGGUUCCUCUGCAGGGCUUCGCCGCGCUGGAGGGCAUGAACGGAAUACAGAAGUUCCAGAUCCACCGCGACGACCGCUCCACCGACCGCCUACCGUCAGCUCACACCUGCUUUAACCAGCUGGACCUCCCAGCCUACGAGAGCUACGAGAAAUUGAGACACAUGCUGCUGCUGGCCAUUCAGGAAUGCUCAGAGGGAUUCGGACUGGCUUAGACCUACCCACACUGAGACUCUUAACAUAUACACACAAUUUAUCUUGCCUACUCUGAAAGAUUGAAACUGAUGACACACAGACGCACCAUCAUUGACAUUACUGGGUGACUUGUUGGGAAAAUGGCCUCUAGACAUACAACUGGUUCCUAAUCCAUAUAAAGAAACAGACCGACCAGCAGCGUGGUAUGAUGGACUGACUGACUGAUAUUACUUACUACACACAGAGCUUCAUGUCAAUAGACACACAGACCUGUACCUGGUAUGUGUGAAUCUCCCUCCCCUCCCACAUUAAAAUGCCAGAAACCUGAGAGGGAGUGAAUUCAGAGGAUAAAAACAUGGACUAAUAUAAAAUACAUUUUCUCUGUUUAGUUUGAUUUCUCUGUACAAAAGGUUUGGGAGUUUAUGUUUAAUCUUUUUUGUUCUUCUCUGGCUGUGUAAAAAGGAGAAGGUUGUUUGUGUGUCUGAACAGGAUGGUUAUAAAACCUUUGGGGGAAAAUGUUGGUUGUUUCUUGUUUGCGAAUUUGUGACCUCAUAAGCCUUGAAGUUGGGGGAAAUGUUUUUAUGGGGAAAGAAGGAGAAAAAAAGAAGUUUUGAAGAAAUGCACUUUUCAAAGUUGUGGCAUUUUUAUGGAAGGAUGGUCCAAAAAAAAUGAAGAGAACAAGUGAAGAAAGCAGAUGAUAAAGAAAUUAACCACAAAAUCUAGAGUAUUUUUGGCUAUUAAAUCGCUGACCCAGCCUUGAGCCUUUGAAUCAGUGAAAUAACUACAUGAAUAAAUGCAUAAAAUUGA